UUUCCUGGAUAACAGGAAGACUACUAUUAGGUCAUUCGAAAGCCAUCUCUUCUCAAGUUGAAAAGGCUGCUUCCUGAGCUGCUUUUCACAAGCUGCUUUGGCAAGUACGAUGGCCCGUGUCUUCGUCUACGGCACGCUCAAGAAGGGCCAGCCCAACUACAAGCACAUGAUCAACACGGCCAAAGGCCUAGCGAAAUUCCAGGGAAGGGGCCGCACGGCGGAGAAGUACCCGCUGGUGAUCGCAGGGAAGUACAAUAUUCCUUACAUGCUGAACAUCCCGGGGACAGGCCACCACAUUGCCGGGGAGAUUUACUCUGUGGAUGAGCAGAUGCUGCGGUUCCUGGAUGAGUUCGAAGGCUGCCCAGACAUGUACCAGCGCACGCUGAUGAGGAUCCAGGUGGUGGAGUGGGAAGGGAAGGGCGGCGCGGGCGAGGCCGACGGCGAGCUGGAGUGCUUCGUGUACAGCACGGCCACCUACCCGCCCGAGUGGCUCGGGCUCCCCUACCAUGACAGUUACGACUCCUCGGGGAAGCACGGCCUCGCCUACGUCCUACGGGAGAGCCGGGAGUAGAUCCGGAGGUGGCAGCCUGGCCGAGGCAUAGUGCUAAGCAGGUGUUGCUCGGUAACCUUUCCAGGAAAGCUGUAAUACCUUGUUAUUAAAUUGCAGGAGCUCUUGUAACCUUCCCAACCCAGCAGCCUUGGCGCUAGUGUGGAAGUCCCGUAGGCCCAGAGCUGCAGAUUUCCUCCCCAGGCAGUCAGUGUCCUCCUGGCCCCCCAGCCUGCUGCAGGUUACUGGGUUUGCACCAGGUGUAAAAUAACUGUACGUGCGCAUCAGGUCUGGGGUCUAAUUAUUCCCCUCAACGUCCCCCUUUGCCUUGGUGCAUAAUAAUGGAGGUCAGUGAAAGGCAGAGGAACGGAUUAUUCUUUUUCCCCUGAAUUGACAAAUUUUCUUGCGCUAAUAUCUGAAACUGAUUUAAAUGCCUGCACAGUAAAGCACAACUCCUACUGAAUAUUGACUUGUAACGGGUUAGUAGGCUACUGCAUGUAAACAGGGAAAGCUGAUCAGAUAACUUGGUGCUUCUAGACAAAUAGGAAACUGCUGGAGAAGAGGUAAAGAUUAUUCUUACUCUGCAUUGCAAUGAGAUUUUUUUCUGAACUGUAAAGGUGUAUUUUUAAACCAUGUUUAGUUUUAAAAGGCACUGUCAAAAAUACUGAGAAUAUGUAAGAAAGUUACAUUUAAAAUUGUAUUUUUUAUUGCACUUCGGAUUCCGUUUCCAUUCACUGCAUGACUGUAGGAUUUGGGGGUGUAUGUGUAUAUGUGUGCCUAAGUGUGUGUGUGUCUGUUUUGGGGGAUGUGGGGGCUCUUGGGGACCAGGAAAAGCAAACCUACUCUGGAGUUGUUGUGAGCACUUACUGUCAAGGUGACUUUUUGCUAAGCAUUUUAAUGCAGAACUUGCAACCAUAUGCAAACUGAGUUUUCUAAUGGGGAAGAAAAUUAUAUACAUCAUAAAAAUAUCCAAACGACCUAUAUUGUGAUUAUUGCAACAUUUAAAUUGGGAAAAAAAAUGUAAAGAAGACUGUUGUCCCCCGACCCAACCAACUGUGCUGGUUUCUGUACAAUCUGGGAAAAUCGUGGCUUUCUAUUGUUACACUCCUGUGCCUUAUAUUUUCCUUCAGCUGCAGAUAGAUUGUACAGUAGCCAAAGCUGCCAAAGGGAUGGGAGCAGGCAUUGUAUGCCAUGCAGUGAGCCAAAGUACCAUCAAAUGCAGCAAGGAUGCAAUUAAGAACAAUAUUGUACUUUUGCUUCACUGCCAGUAGCCCUGUGAUGGCCAGGGGAGAUCCAGGGUAGGGAACCAGCCUAAACUUCAGCAGUACUAGGCACUGCUGCAUCUCAUUUAGAAAAGCUUCUAUGUUGCUGCAAUAAGCAAAACAAAAAAAACUUGAUAGUAGAAUACUUGUGUCUCUUUACGAUAUUUGUCUGUUUAGGGCAACCUGCAGAGACUGAACUGAACUCCUUUGGGAAGGGAUAAGAUGGCAGUAAGGAGACUUGUAAGGAUCUGCAGGGUCUCUGCCUCAGUUUCUCCAACUGCAAAAGCAUUCAUUUUCCUGGAAGGCAGGUACUAUCCAAACACUCUCCUUACUCAUCCUGAUGAGUUUUAUAAACUAAUUCCCUAAGCAGAUUCCUGGACUACAUAUUCCCUCUCAGCCAUGUGAUGUAGUCAAUUAGCAGUGUCUUAAUAACAGGAACAGUGCUUCUCCAGUCAGAAGUUUCAAGCAGAAUCAAGCUUUCCUGGUUGAAUAUGAGUCACCAGCCCUGUCAGCGACUGUUUUUUUCCAGGAAAGGGCCCAGGCACCUCUGGCAACAGGGUUUCUUUCUGGGAAGUAGCAGGACUCUGCACAUCCUAGGCAAGAAAAUGAGACAAGGCGUGCUCCACUCCAGGGCAGUGGUCAAGGUCCCUUUGUGUCCCUUUCCUGUGAGCAUUCAGGAGGAGGCCUGGUCUGAGGGACAACACAUGCUCUUAACAGUACCUUGGGGCAGCAGCUAAAGACCUGUGAGAACAGUGCCAGCUCCUUCUGUAAAGGCAUCCAGUAAUCAGUAUCAAGAAGAUAAGGGUGGGGAAAUUGAGUAUGAAUUUGAAAAAAAGAAGACAAUUCCCUUACAACUUUAAAUGAAAAUACAUGACAAAUGUCUGCACUAGCAAAAUAAAGCCUCUAACCUGUAAUUUAAAACUAAUCUAUA